GAAAUAGCGACGAUCGAUCUAGAUCCUGCAUCCGCUUGCGCGCGUCGCGAUUGCGAACUGUCGACUGGGUGGGGGCAGAGUGUUCUAAUAUCGCUUUAGGUCGAAGAGGACGAUGCGCGCGCAGCCCCCCGCUUUCUUCUCGACAAUCGGCAAGCACUAUAUAUGACGUCACCGGAGUAGGUCGCGGCACUCAGCUGACGGCUGCAUUCAGAAGUCGAGGAACUGUGUGACUUAUACGAUUACCACGAGUUCAGAGACAUUCGCCAUGGCAGAAUCUUUGGAACAGAUGCCAAAAUCGGAGACGAUCAGGCUUAGAGAGCGUCAUAUCGGACAGGCGUGCACAUUGUUUUACAAGUCGAACCCAUUGAAGAUUGUCAGAGCCGAGGGUCAGUACAUGUACGACGAGAAUGGCAAUCGAUACUUGGACUGUAUCAACAAUGUUGCACACGUCGGGCAUUGUCAUCCGACGGUGGUGCGCGCCGGACAACAACAAAUGGCGCUUCUCUCCACCAACAAUCGUUUCCUCCACGACGAUCUGGUGAUCUGCGCGAUGCGUCUGACCUCGCUGCUUCCGGAACCACUUUCCGUGUGCUUCCUGGUGAACUCCGGCAGCGAGGCCAACGAUCUAGCCCUGCGUCUCGCGCACACGCACACCAACAACAAGGACGUCAUCGCUCUCGAUCAUGCUUAUCACGGCCAUUUGACCACGAUGAUCGAUAUAUCGCCGUACAAGUUCAACAAACCGAACGGGACUGGCAAGAAGGAUUGGGUCCACGUGGCACCCUGUCCGGACGUUUACCGUGGAAAGUAUCGUGAAACCGAUUACCCUCACGAGGAUCUUGGCGUGAAGUACGCGAACGACGUGAAGAACAUUUGCCAAAACUUGAAUGCACAGGGUCGUGGCGUAAGCGCGUUCAUCGCGGAGAGCUUAAUUUCCGUCGGUGGACAAAUUCUACCACCUAAAAACUACUUCAGACACGCGUACAGGCAUGUUCGCGAAUCUGGCGGCGUUUGCAUCGCCGACGAGGUCCAAGUUGGUUUCGGUAGAGUGGGCAGCCAUACGUGGGCUUUCCAACUUGGUGGCGACGAUGUUAUCCCCGAUAUCGUCACCGUGGGCAAACCCAUGGGAAAUGGCCAUCCCGUGGCGGCGGUCAUUACAACCCCCGCCAUCGCGGAGAGCUUCAAAGCCACCGGGAUCGAGUAUUUCAACACGUAUGGCGGUAAUCCCGUGUCCUGCGCGAUAGCGAACGCCGUGAUGGAGGUGAUAGAGCGCGAGCAUCUCCAGGAGAACGCCCUGAAGGUGGGCAAACAUUUGAUGACCGAGCUGAGGAAGCUGGCGAAACGACGGAGGAUCAUCGGCGACGUUCGCGGCGUAGGAUUGUUCGCUGGGAUCGAGCUGGUGCGCGACAGGAUCAAAAGGAUACCAGCGACCGCCGAGGCGAAGCACGUCGUAUCCAGGAUGAAGGAGAAGAAGAUCCUGAUCAGCAGCGACGGUCCGGAUGAUAAUGUUCUGAAACUGAAACCGCCCAUGGUGUUUACCAUCGAAAACGUCGAGCAAUUGUGCUCCGCCCUCGACGAGGUCCUUCAGGAGGUCGACGUCGAUGUCGAAGAGGAAUACGAGUCCAUGACGACGAUUAUUAAAGCCACAAUUUCGCGAAUGGACGUCGAAACGGAGAAUGCCGCGUGCACAGCUGGAAAGUCGCGCCUCGUUCGCGCUAAUUAGUAUUUAAAACGUAAACAUAUGUAUAAAACGAAAGCACUUUGUUUUAAAGUAUUAUUAACUGUGACGUGAAUGCUCGUUGGACGACUUGUUGUGCAUGAUAUGGGAAUGAAGGAACGUGUAUGUAUAAGCAAAGAAUGAGAAUAUGACUAUGUGAAAUAUAUUUUA